UCACCUAUAUCUGGCAUUUCUCCCCAUGUUAUCCCUCCCCAGCUCCCCACCUCCUCAGGUCCCUUGUUUAGUAAGGCUCUCAGGGAGGACUGUUUUGACUGGUUUAAAUACAUUUAGGAGAAAAGCUAAGUAAUAUGAAACAUGAAUUAUGUGAGAAGGCGACAGGCAUAAGAUUAGGAAAAAGGGAAGGGCACAUUUUUGCAUCAUCCUGAGAGGCUUCUAUAAGAACCCAAGGCUCGGGGCUCUCUAUGAAUGCUUUGGGGUGUUUCUGUUUUGUCUGUAUAACAAGACCACACCCAGGCUGGAGGUCUGGACUCUGGCCACAGUGCUGUCACUAUCAAGCUGUGUGACCUUCAGGAAGUCACUCACCUCUCUUAGACUUAUUCGUCUAAUCGAAGUGGUAGUACUUUUCCUUCACUCCUCAGAGCUUCUUUGAGGUUCAGAUGAGAUCACAGACAUGAGUAAAGCAAAAAUUCUGAUGGAAAUAAACCCAUCUGUGCUUAUGUGGUAGGACACAAACAGCACAAAAACAAGAUUGCCUUUCUUUUUCUUUUUCCUUUUCUUUUUAAAUGAGAAGGAUCCACCCUUGUGGGAAAGGAUCUCUCAAAAGAGAGCAGUGGGCCUGAUGUCUUGGGCACUUUCCAAGGAAUCCAAUCAACAACAUUGAAGACUGGCUGCAAGAUUGUGGAUACUCUGAAGAAGGACUUUCUGAGGAAGCAGGACAGUUUAUCUGCAAUGGCUUCUGCAGCCAUGGGACCAGCUUUGAAGAUGACUUGACCCUAGGAGCAGAGGCCACACUGCUGGCCGCCAAUGGCAAACUCUUUUCCAGGAGUUUCCUCGAGACAGCCAGGCCUUGCCAGCUACUUGAUCUUGGCUGUAGUUUGGCUUCCAGCAGCAUGACUGGGGGGACCAACAGGACUAGUUCAAGCAUCUCAGAGAUUCUGGACAAAGUGCAAGAAGAUGCAGAAGAUGUCCUCUUCAGUCUGGGCUUUGCCCAAGAGGACCGCAAAGACACUUCUCGGAUACCCGCCCGAUUUUUCACCAACCCCUCUCAAGCCAGGGGCAUUGAUUUCCAGCUCUUCCUGAAGUCCCAGGUGCGGAGGAUUGAAAUGGAAGAUCCCUGCCUCAUGCUGGCCAGCAGGUUUAAGCAGGUGCAAACACUGGCUGUCACUGCUGAUGCCUUCUUCUGUCUCUACUCCUAUGUGUCUAAGACACCUGUCCAAAAGUUCACACCAUCCCAUAUGUUCUGGAAUUGCAACCAUCCAACUGAUGUGCCAUCCAUCAGGAUUCUGUCCCGAGAGCCUGAACCCCACUCACCCAGAGACCGCCUUCGGAAAGCCAUCUCCAAGAUGUGCUUGUACACAUGCCCCCGAGAUCGGCCACCACCACCACCGCACAACACCCCCAGAAAGAACAUUUUGGACCAAGUUGUGUGGGAAGCGAUGGACAAAGUGAAAGAAGAGAAGCAGGUCCUCCAGCAAGACUGUGAUUUAGGGCAAUUCUCACAGGAAGAUCCUGUGCCCCCUGUCGAGGGUACAAAGCUGCCCACUUCUCCCUGUCCAUGUGUCCUCCACUGCAAAGAGGAAACACAGCAGGGGAUGUCCACAGUUCCAGCACCAUCACAAACUCUGGAUUCGAACCCCAAGGUACCUUGUUGCACACAUUCUCUGCCCAUAGCAGAUCCACAGUGGAACACAGACCCAGCUCAGAUAGGGAGAGAGCUGUGUAGUUUAUCAGCCACCAAUCCAGAAACCCAUUCAGACAAGGAUGAGACUUUCUGGAAAAGAAAGAUCAGAGCAAGAAAGAGCCUGUUCCAGGAGAAUCUCAUGGGCAGGAAGGUUAAGUCCUUGGACCUGUCCAUCAUCCAGCAGAAAUGGAAGGAGAGGGCAGAAAGACCAGAACUGCGUCGAUCUUUAACCCUGCAGCCACAGGACACUUUGGACUUGGAGGAGGUGCAAAGCAACAGUGAAGAGGAGCACAGUCAGAGUCACUGGCCCAGAAGACCCAGACACCCCCACCCCCACCAGACUUUUGCUGGCAAAGACUCCUGAAGCUUUUUCCACCACCACAACAGCAUGUGGUCUGACAGAAGUGGCUUCAUAGAGGAACCUAAUUCCCACCUUUUUCAGGAAACUGCACUGUCCUCAACAUCCAGCCUCUACUCCUUGGUCCUCCAAAUCCCUGAGCUCAGCAGGAGGAAGGCAGCAUCGUACAUGGGAAAGAAGACCAGACUCAGAGAUUUGGAAUCCACAUCCCAAUGCUGCCACAAACUGCAUGCACAGAGGAAGACCUUAGGCACAUCAUUUCAUUUCUUUGUACACUGGUUUCUCCACUAUGUGCAUAUUAAAAUAUAUAAUAUAGACAUUAGUAAA